GUGUCCUCGCGAGACUUUCGUGUGCGCGAGACCAACCCAAGCUAACGGCUAAACACCUCACCUUUAAACAUCUCACCAGCAAAUUCGGCGUACGUUCAACGUGUAAAUAAUCACACCGACCACUUUUGUGCGUGUUUACGUCACGUUUUGCGCAGUUUAGAAAAGCGUCAGUGGGCUGUGUUUCAAAAUCUAGCAAGCUGCCUACCUAGGACGCACUUUUAGAACAUUAUAAGCAAGCAGUCCAGCCAAUGAGUGAUCAUGUCUGGGGUGAAAAGGAAAAUAGAGGACAAAGAUCCUGACUAUGAGGACAUCACUCAAGUGCAGGAGAACAAGAGGAGUAAAGUGGUGGAGCAGAAUGCCUGUGAAGCUGCUGUGCAGAAGAUUGAAGCGAUCAUCAAGGAUCAGUUUUCUCUGGAGAUGAAAAAUAAAGAGCAUGAGAUCGAGGUCAUCGGGCAGAGGCUGAAUGAGGCCAGGAGAAUGAUGGACAAGCUCAGAGCGUGUAUUGUCGCAAACUACUAUGCCAAUGCAGGCCAGCCUAAAAUCCCUGAG